CCCUGGGCCUGGACGGUGGCCUGGCUGGGUCAGCUCCCGACUAGCGGCCCCCGGCAUGGCUGUGUGGGUCCGGGGAGGCCGCUUUGGCCUUCGCGGGUGCCUCGGCGCUAGCAAGCUGCUAUGUCCCCGUUUUCAGAGUCGCGGCCCUCAGGGCGUGGAAGACGGGGACAGGCUACAGCCUCCAUCGAAGAGCCCUAAGACCCCCAAGAUUUACACCAAGACAGGAGACAAAGGGUUUUCUAGCACCUUCACAGGAGAAAGGAGACCCAAAGAUGACCAGGUCUUUGAAGCCGUGGGAACUACAGAUGAAUUAAGUUCAGCCAUUGGGUUUGCCAUGGAAUUAAUUGAAGAAAAGGGCCACACGUUUGCCGAAGAGCUUCAGAAAAUCCAGUGCGUGCUGCAGGACGUCGGCUCCGCCCUGGCCACCCCACGCUCCUCGGCCAGGGAGGCUCACUUAAGACACACAGCCUUCGAGGCGGGGCCCACCCUGGAGCUGGAGCAGUGGAUCGACAAGUACUCCCGCCAGCUGCCCCCGCUCACAGCCUUCAUCCUGCCAUCGGGAGGCAAGAGUAGCUCUGCUCUGCAUUUCUGUCGGGCCGUCUGCCGCCGAGCUGAGAGACGCGUGGUGCCUCUUGUCCAGAUGGGAGAGACGGAUGCCAAUGUGGCCAAGUUCUUAAACAGACUCAGCGACUACCUCUUCACGGUGGCCAGAUACGCAGCCAUGAAGGAGGGGAACCAGGAGAAGAUAUACAGGAGAACGGCCCAUCGGACUGAGACCCAGGCCCCUUGAAAUACCACAGCGGGGGUUGUGGGUCCCUGUGGUGACCGGGGGCAGCUUGCUUUCCAGAGUCCUGGUUCCUGAGGAGCUCGUCACAAGGGUCUUUGCCUCGAAGCCCCUGCCACCUCCCUCGAAGGACCACGGCCCCUGAGAUUUCUGCCCCUGCAUCCCCAGAGCGUCCUGGGUCUCAGAAAGGUCAAGGACAGCCGCAAAGAGGAGGGGCCACGUGGGAAAAAGAAUAAAAAUGGGGAGGCUUGA